CAUUACUUUAAAAUGUCAACAGAAAGUUCGGAAAGCAAAUUCCAUAGCUAAAAUCUGAAAAUAUUGAUGAGAUAAUAAGCCGUAAAUUAUGUUAGUUAUUUUUUAUUUAAAAUAAUAAAAUGUCGUCAAACGAAGAAGGGUUCUUUGACAACAUUCAUCAUCUUCUACAACAAGACUAUCGUGGAGUGAAUAUAGCGGUUUAUGCUCUCGCGACUGCAGGAUUGGCUGUGUCCAUACAUAAAAUACGUCCGGUUAGCAAGUUCUCAAAAGCAACAAAAGUUCCUGAUCACUUCAUCCGAAAACAUGAGCCGUUGAAAGGGAAUUAUGUUGGUGUGCAGCACUCUCCAGUCCGCAUCUUAGUGAACCACAGAGCUCCUAUUUACUUACCUCUGUGGCAUUCUGCAAAACCUCCUCUUCCAGUCAAGUUAUGGGGAGUAGAAGUUGCGAGUGGGAAUGCCGUCAGCUGGCUGGAGUGUGUUGGGAAAGGCCAGCAAGUCACUCUGAGACCUAUUGGAAGAGAUAAUGAGGACCUUGUCUCCACUGUGACAGUACAUUUACCAGGGAAAAAGCCAAAAACAACUGAGAAUCUAGACAUUGGACAAAGGCUUGUUGAGCUUGGAUUUGCGAAGGUAUCAAUACCAAAAAAUUUGAAAAAAAAUACGAUGGAGGCAAAACUGGCGACAGUGCUGCAGUCAGCUGAGGCGAGAGCUAAGAACUACCGCACCGGUAUCUGGUCUGACAACCUGCCGCCCUUGCCCGCAUAUGUAAUAUACUGGAGAAAGGGAUCAAAGCUCACUGUAGAGAUAGUAGGCUUAACAUUUAAGAAAUUCUUCCAAGUUUUAUCACUAGCUUCAAAAGGUGCCUUAUCAGGAGUCAAGGCUAUAGCUACGCGACCCUUCAGGGCAAACCCCAAACAAGUACAAACUACAUGAAAGCAUUUAUUUAUACAAGGCGAUACUUAAAUUCUAGUUAUUAGUACUGAAUGCACUACGACUGUAAUUUUUCAGGUACUCUGAAGCUAGAGGUGAAACUUCCAUUUGUUUAAAAGUGUCAAAAAUAUUCAUCUCUUUUGUAUAUAAUGUUGGCAAUAAAAUGUUACUAUUUAAA